CUAAGCGCAUCGUUCGGAGAUUUAUAAACAACUGAACCUGUCUCGCGCGCUGCUAUUUACAUCAGCCAUUGCAAAAAUUCGCUACAACUGAGCAAUGCUUUCGAUGUAAAAACAUACAAAGCAAUAUACGAACCGAAAUCAGAGAGACGGAGUGCCAGCGCUUGCAAGACACAGCUGUAGUUAGUCAUGCCACUGGUGAAGAGGAGUAUUGAGCCCAAGCACCUGUGCAGAGGAGCUCUGCCUGAUGGAGUGCCCAGUGAGCUGGAGUGCGUCACCAACAGCACCCUGGCGGCCAUCAUCAAACAGCUGGGCAGCCUGAGUCGUCAUGCAGAGGACAUCUUCGGGGAGCUGUUUAAUGAAGCUAACAGUUUCUACCUGCGUAUGAAUAACCUGCAGGAGAGAGUGGACUUGCUGGCUAUCAAAGUCACCCAGCUGGACUCCACCGUGGAAGAGGUCUCUCUGCAGGAUAUCAACAUGCGAAAGGCCUUCAAGAGCUCCACCAUUCAGGAUCAGCAGGUGGUUUCCAGGACCUCAAUUCCUAAUCCUGUCCUUGAGCUCUACCAUCGUGGAGACAAACCUCCACCUCUUAAUAUACUUAGCCCUUACAGAGAUGAUAAGAAGGAUGCAUUGAAGUUCUACACAGAUCCCUCCUACUUCUUCAUCUUGUGGAGGGAGAAGAUGCUGCAAGCCACAGAGGACAAAAGAAAAGAGAAAAGGAGACAGAAGGAGCAGCAGAAGCAGGUGGAGGAUCCCAGUCGUGAGGUGAAAAAGGUCCGUAAAGCCCGUAAUCGUAGGCAGGAGUGGAACGUUAUGGCGUAUGACAAGGAGUUCCGCCCAGAUGCACGAUUCACGCCUUCUCCAUACCACGGCAUGUCAUCGGAGGGCUCCCUUUCACCUGACAACAGGUCUGUUGCUUCAGACUUGGGUGAACACUCUUACCCAGGUAGCCCCAGUCACCCAGGUCAGCAGAUGGCCGUGACCAGUGCCUACUCCACUUCUGAUGGCAAAGAUCACCUCAUGGCCCCCUCUCAUGUCCAGACCCAGUCCUUGGACCGCGGUUACCGCCCAGCUCCUUCCUCCUCCACUCCCGCUGGGAGACAGACUAUUGGCAGGGUUCAGACUUCCCACGGACAACCAAUCACAGACCCUGCCCUUAAUGGACCACGCCCACUGCAGGCUAAAGACUACAGUGGUCAGCAGUCUCAGCAUCGAGAAUAUUUUGUUCCUCCUGCACCUCCUCCCCCUCCUCCUCUCAUACCCUCUGCCCAGACAGCCUUCGACAGCCCCACUGGCCCCUCCUAUGCCCUUCCCAGUGCCGUGCCACCUCUCUCCCAAUCCUACAACCACUGUCCACCCACUCCUGCCCUCCCUGCUUCCUACACCCCUUCCCCGACCCAUCCUCCCCCUGCAGCCCCCCCUCCACCUCCACCUGGACCGCCUACACACCCUCAUACACACACCAUGCCAACGGCUUUGGCAGAAGCACCGGUGGUCCCCAGGAAGGGCCAGGUACCCCUGAUCCCAAUGAGCGAUGCACGCAGCGACCUGCUAGCUGCCAUCAGACGAGGAAUCCAGCUGCGUAAGGUGCAGGAACAGAGGGAGCAGGAAGCAAAGAAGGAGCCAGUAGGGAACGAUGUGGCCACCAUAUUAUCACGUCGCAUUGCCGUGGAGUACAGCGAAUCUGACGAAGACUCUGAGCUGGAUGAGAACGAGUGGUCAGACUGAAACAAGAAAAACUAAGAUAGUGGAAUGACUGAAAAAACAAGAAGAUCAAACUGUUCACUUGUCAAUCAAGUGAACCAUAGAUACAACAGAUGUCAGCACUAUAUCACCCAGGGAACCAACACUGCAUAUUUAAGCAGACAACAAUAAAGACAGCUGUGCUCUGUUACCUGUUUGACCUGGUAGUAUACAUCCAUUAACACAAAUAAAAAUUAACAGUUUGUUCUGUUACUUCUGUAAUUCUAGGUAAGGUCUCAGUUGUUGUUGUUUUUUUUUUUUUUUUGCUAGUGUUUUAAUUUUGAAUCAUUUUUCUUGACCUUGGGCAAUUGACAUGCUUAAUAUGCUAAUUUGUACAGAAUGAAAGCACUUCAGUAUUUCAGUUUUUAUUUUCUAUUUUCUAUUUAUUUGCUUAAAUGUGCCACUCACACCUGCACAGACAGGGAAGUUUAAACUCUCCCGAAUUUAACAGCUAUCAUAGGCUGUGCUUUAGCCUGUGUUUUGUAUGUAUACAAUAAUGUCUUCUGUGUUUAAGCAAUGUGAUAUAUAGAACUUUGUUGAGACUGCAGAACUUUAUCUAGACAAUAAUCUACAAGAGAAUCAAUGUAUCUGAAAAAAAUACACUGUAGGCAAAUGCUGUAUGCAUGUACAGACUGCCAUUAAAGUGCUUCUUAAAACAA